GGACCAUUAAGGUUGGGAUUGCUUGUAUCCAAUGCAAGAUGCUGCAGUUCCAGCUUGUUAUGGUGCAUUUGGCCCUCAUGAUUACCCUGCUGCGGUGGCAUUCAGGCUCCGUGCUCCUUGCUGAGGCAGCUCCGGAGCCUUUGGAGCCUUCUGCUGCUCUGGGCAUGGGAGCACAUCCCGCUGCCAGUGAAGAGAAGUCGGCCACCAACCUGGCAGCCAAAGUGUUCCUUCUUGAUGAGCUGGUGUCUCUGGAGAAUGAGGUGACCGAGACCAAGAAGAAAAGAAGUUUCUCAGGAUUUGGCUCCCCGAUUGACAGAAUUUCUUCGACCUCUGUGAAUGCUAAAAGCAAACAGAGGAAAGUGGUUGAGCUGCCUAAGAGAAGGUUUGGAGUUCCCCUUGACCGGAUUGGAGUGAGCCGUCUCAGCAACACCAAGGGUUAGCAGUUCCUGCAAGUGCUUCUAUUCUGAAUGAUUGAUAAUGUAUUGGAAACAUUACAGAAAUAUGGAAGAUGCAUCACAGCAGGUCUUGUCAUUGAUUAAUGAUACAACACUCAGCGAAUUGAC